AUGGAAGAAAAAGGCCAAUCAAAAAAUAAGCGCGUGAUGGAGUCUCCUUACGACAUUGAAUUGGAAUCUCUGGACGAAGAGAAGAGUACCUCGGUGUUGAAAUCCUUGUUGGGGGUUAUUAACACAGACGAAUCGCUCAAGUCAUUUACAUUCAACCACGACAAAAUUGUAGACUGUCUGGAAUGUGACGCACUACAGGCUGUAAUAGUUAUCCGGACUACGCAAUAUGAACAAUUUUAUAAGCAUAUUCCCCUCAUAGCCACUUUGCACAAAAUUGAUUUCGUUUUGAUAGAACAUCGGUAUGUGAACACACCGGAUUUUAUCAAAUUACCGAAAACGGGUCUCAUCGGAAUUCUACCGCUGCAGACGGAAGAUCAGUCACUUCCGGGACUUUCCGAGAAAGUGCAGAACCUAGUGUCGGUAGUGCACACCUACCACUUGGACGUAACCCUCCCCUACUUGUUUGGCCACCCAAAUUACAUAAACACGAAGUUUAAAGUCGAAGAGGUAAAGGCAAAGCCCUAUGCGAAACAUUUGUCGCGCAAGGAGAGAAAGGCCUUACGGAAGUCGAUUCGAAAAAGUAAUAUAUAA